AUGAAGGAAUCUGCUAGCGGGCUGAGAAAACUUAUAGAUGAUUUUUCUAAAAAUAUGCGGGCACUGAGUCAAUUGAAUCAACCAGACCCAACCUUUUUCAAAUCAAGCAAAAUCGAAAUUUUGAUAGGAGCAGACAUAUUCUGGGAGGUCAUCAGUGCUGGGCAGAUACCUUUAGGCCGAAACAACCCCAUACUGCAAAAAACUCAAUUCGGUUGGAUAGUAUCAGGUCCAAUCGGCGUAAAAUCUAGUUCGGUCGCAUGCAACUUUAUACAAAAUGACAAUGUCGAUACGGAUAUUCAAAAAUGUUUGACUAAGUUUUGGGAAGUGGAAGAAACACCCUUAAAGUUACCAAGGUCGAAUGAGGAAAAUGCGUGUGAAGAGCAUUUUAAGCGAUACACUAAACGAGAUAAAGACGGGCGUUUUGUAGUAACGUUACCGUUUAAGGAGAAUCCUGAAAAACUAGGAAGCUCACGGGAAAUAGCAAUAAAGCGAUUCAUGUCUUUAGAACGCAAAUUAGAAGGGGACGCACGCUGGAAAAAAUUAUAUGGCGAUUUUAUGCGCGAAUACAAGGAUUUAAACCAUAUGAGUAGGAUACAGGAUACCGAAACUGACAAAAGUUUCUAUAUGCCUCACCAUGGAGUUAUAAAAAAUGAUAGCUUGACAACGAAGCUUAGAGUCGUCGUCGCCAACUUCUUCCGGAUUAUCGCUUAA